CUCCCAUGUCUUGACCAACUUUACAUUCACCUCCAGGACCUUAUGGGCACACAGGUUCCUGUCAUUUCACGGAGUCACCUUCGGAUAGGCGCACGUGCCGUCUCGCAACAAAACACUUCUCUCACCACAACUCCACAAAGGGAAGCCGGAUUAGUCCGCGCCCGCCAAAAAUUAUCUUCAGCCACACCCCGCGGCGGCCGCCUUGAGGAGGUCGGGGCAGCCACUGUCCCUAUUCUGAAAUCCGUCCUCAGCGGAACCCGAAGUCUGGUAUCCGAAAGAGGUUGGCGUCACUCCAGCCUCGGGUGAAACUGCGCAAGUGCAUCCCGGAGCCCCGGCGGAACACACCCUUUCCAUCCCAGGCGCUCUCCCCUCGGACUGCAUUUCCCAGAGGACACCGCUGUCCACAGCUACUUCCGGUAGGAGCCUCGGAGGAAUGGUCUCCGGAUAGAGGCAGGUAAGGGUGUCCCGGGCCGGUGGAGAAGGUAGAGCGGCCUCGCCUGGAAUCCGAAUCAGGACUUGGACCAGAGCCUUCCCUGAGGAUGCUGAAGCAACACCUUCUUUGGACCGAGUUUCUUCCAGAGGGAACCAAGAAGAGGAUUAAUUAAUACAUUCAAUUCUAAAAUAAGCCAUGGCCCAUGAGUUGGUGAUGUUCAGAGAUGUGGCUAUAGAUGUCUCUCAGGAGGAAUGGGAAUGCCUGAACCCAGCGCAGAGGAAUUUGUACAAGGAGGUGAUGUUGGAGAAUUAUAGCAACUUGGUGUCACUUGGUCUUUCUGUUUCUAAGCCAGCCAUAAUCUCCUCAUUGGAGCAAGGGAAGGAGCCCUGGAUGGUUGUGAGGGAAGAGACAGGAAGAUGGUGCCCAGCCACGUGGAACUGUACAUGGAAAACUUGGGAAUUUCACAAUAAUUUCUUGGACAAUAAUGAGGCUACAGACAUAAAAGCAGACUUGGCAUCCAGAGAUGAGCCCCAGAAGUUACCUCCAAAAAGUGAUAUUUAUGAAACAGAAUUAUUCCAGUGGGUUAACAUGGAGGAAUUUAAAAGCCAUAGUCCUGAGAGAUCAAUUUUCAGAGAUAUCUGGGAAGGCAACUGUCAUUUUGAGCAACAUCAGGGACAAGAGGAGGGUUAUUUUAGACAACUUAUGAUUAACCAUGAAAACAUGCACAUUUUUAGCCAACAUACUUUACUCACUCAAGAAUUUUAUGAUAGAGAGAAAAUCUCUGAAUGUAAAAAGUGUAGAAAAAUCUUCAGUUACCAUUUAUAUUUUAGUCACCACAAAAGAACUCAUUCUAAAGAACUUUCCGAAUGUAAAGAAUGCACGGAAAUGGUUAAUACACCAUGCCUUUUUAAACAACAGACAAUUCAAAAUGGUGACAAAUGCAAUGAGUGUAAAGAAUGUUGGAAGGCCUUUGUUCAUUGCUCACAACUUAAACAACAUCUAAGAAUUCAUAAUGGUGAAAAACGCUAUGAAUGUAACGAAUGUGGGAAGGCCUUUAAUUAUGGCUCAGAACUUACUCUACAUCAAAGAAUUCACACUGGUGAGAAACCUUAUGAAUGUAAAGAAUGUGGGAAGGCCUUUAGACAGCGAUCACAGCUUACUCAACAUCAGAGACUUCAUACUGGUGAAAAACCCUAUGAAUGUAAGCAAUGUGGGAAAGCUUUUAUUCGUGGCUUUCAACUUACUGAACAUCUGCGACUCCAUACUGGUGAGAAACCUUAUGAAUGUAAAGAAUGUGGAAAGACUUUUAGGCAUCGCUCACAUCUUACUAUACAUCAGAGAAUUCAUACUGGUGAGAAACCCUAUGAAUGUCGGGAAUGUGGGAAGGCCUUUAGCUAUCACUCAAGCUUCUCGCAUCAUCAGAAAAUUCAUUCUGGCAAGAAACCUUAUGAAUGUCAUGAAUGUGGGAAGGCGUUUUGUGAUGGCUUACAACUAACCCUACAUCAGAGGAUUCAUACUGGUGAGAAACCCUAUGAGUGUAAAGAAUGUGGGAAGACUUUUAGACAGUGUUCACACCUCAAAAGACAUCAGAGAAUUCAUACUGGUGAGAAACCUCAUGAAUGCAUGAUAUGUGGUAAGGCCUUUAGACUUCAUUCACACCUUAUUCAACAUCAAAGAAUUCAUACUGGUGAGAAACCCUAUGAAUGUAAGGAAUGUGGGAAAGCCUUUAGCUAUCAUUCAAGCUUCUCGCACCAUCAGAGAAUUCAUUCUGGAAAGAAACCUUAUCAAUGUGGGAAGGCGUUUAAUCAUGGAUUACAACUUAACUUACGUCAGACUCUUCAUACUGGUGAGAAGCCCGUCAGGUUUCCUCUCCUCCCUCCCCAUCCUAGUCUAGCAUGAAAUUUGUUGAUGGAAAUAUA